UCAUGCAGUUUCGGGCAAUUUCACCAUUGCCUGCUAUGCGAGAAUUGUGGUGCACCAUUUUGUACUAAGGUGAGCUCUCAGUCACAAUUGCUAUCGGUCGAAAGUUUGUGAGAAAAAAUCAGUAAAAUAGUGAAAAUAAUCGGCAAAAAGUGAAAUUCAUCGGACUAAUCAGACACUCGAAUAUAAUAGCUGAGAGCCUAACGCGAAAUAACCGAUAGUUGCAUAACAAAACUAAAAACGAAUAAGAGAGACAGCGAACGAUCACCAUGGAGCAAUUCACUCCGAAAGAAGUGAGAAUUUUAGAGACGGUCGAAGAUAUUCAAGAACGUCGUGAACAAGUUUUGUCACGAUAUCAUGAAUUCAAAAACGAAACAAGACAAAAGCGUGAAAAGCUCGAAGAUUCACGUCGUUUCCAAUAUUUCAAACGUGACGCAGACGAAUUAGAGAGUUGGAUUCAUGAGAAAUUGCAAGCAGCAAGCGAGGAGAGCUACCGCGACCCAACCAAUCUUCAGGCUAAAAUCCAAAAACAUCAAGCAUUUGAAGCUGAAGUUUCAGCUCAUAGCAAUGCAAUUGUCAGCCUAGACAAUACCGGACAGGAAAUGAUCAAUCAGUCCCAUUUCGAAUCUGAAACGAUUCAACGACGAUUGGAUGAGUUACAUCGUCUGUGGGAGUUAUUGCUCCGACGUUUAGCCGAAAAGGGGCAGAAAUUGCAACAAGCGUUUGUCCUAGUCCAAUUCCUUCGCCAAUGCGAAGAGGUAAUGUUUUGGAUUAAAGACAAGGAAGCAUUCGUAACAGCUGAUGAGUUCGGUCAUGAUUUGGAACACGUCGAAGUACUGCAACGAAAAUUCGACGAAUUCCAAAAGGAUAUGGCCUCGCAAGAGUAUCGCGUCACUGAGGUCAAUCAACUCGCCGAUAAAUUGAUUCAAGAUGGUCACCCGGAACGUGACACAAUCACCAAAAAGAAGGAAGAACUCAAUGAAGCUUGGCAACGAUUAAAACAACUGGCCAUUUUGAGGCAAGAGAAAUUGUUCGGUGCUCAUGAAAUUCAACGUUUCAAUCGUGACGCCGACGAGACAGUAGCUUGGAUCGCUGAAAAGGACGUUGUGCUUUCAUCAGAUGAUUAUGGGCGUGAUUUAGCUAGUGUGCAGGCAUUACAACGCAAGCAUGAAGGUGUAGAACGUGAUUUGGCUGCCCUCGAAGAUAAAGUUUCAACACUUGGGGAUGAAGCUCAACGUUUGUGUUCAAUUCAUGCUGAUCAUAGCGAUCAAAUCCGUGAUAAGCAAGCUGAGAUUGCAAACUAUUGGCAAUCUUUGACUGCUAAGGCAAAGGAACGUAAGCAAAAGUUGGAUGAAUCUUAUUUCCUACAUCGUUUCUUGGCUGACUUCCGGGAUUUGGUUUCAUGGAUCAAUGGUAUGAAGGCUAUUAUUUCUGCCGACGAACUUGCUAAAGAUGUAGCUGGUGCCGAAGCUCUAUUGGAACGUCAUCAAGAACACAAAGGCGAAAUUGAUGCGCGUGAGGACAGCUUCAAAUUAACAACCGAAGCUGGAAAGAAACUAUUGGAACGUGAACAUUAUGCAGCAGCCGAAAUUCAAGAGAAAUUGGCUGCUCUUGAGAGUGACAAGAGCUCACUUUUGUCAUUGUGGGAAGAUCGUAGAAUUCUAUAUGAGCAAUGCAUGGAUCUGCAGCUUUUCUAUCGAGAUACAGAGCAAGCGGACACUUGGAUGGCAAAGCAAGAAGCCUUCUUGGCUAAUGAAGACUUGGGUGACUCUUUAGAUUCAGUUGAAGCUCUAAUUAAGAAACAUGAAGACUUCGAGAAGAGCUUGGCGGCCCAAGAAGAAAAAAUCAAAGCGUUAGAUAUUUUCGCCACUAAAUUAAUAGACGGACAACAUUAUGCUGCAGAUGAUGUGGCUCAACGUCGUAUGAUGUUGCUUGCUCGCCGAUCAGCUUUGCAAGAGAAAUCUGCUGCGCGUCGUGCCCUGUUGGAAGAUUCUAGCCGUUACCAACAAUUCGAACGUGAUUGCGAUGAGACCAAAGGUUGGAUUAGUGAAAAGCUAAAGUUUGCAACUGACGAUAGCUACCUCGAUCCAACCAAUCUGAAUGGUAAAAUGCAGAAACAUCAGAAUUUCGAACACGAAUUGAAUGCCAACAAGUCUCGUAUUGAGGACAUCACAAAUGUAGCGGAGGAGCUCAUUUCCAAGAAUCACUAUGCCUCUGACCAAAUCAACACUAGAAUGCAGGAAAUUGUUGUGCUUUGGGAAACUUUAGUUCAAGCUUCCGACAAGAAGGGAUGCAAAUUGCAAGAAGCUUGUCAGCAACAACAAUUCAAUCGUACAAUUGAAGAUAUUGAACUUUGGCUCAGCGAAGUUGAGGGUCAACUGCUUUCUGAAGACCAUGGAAAAGAUUUGACAUCUGUCCAAAACCUACAGAAGAAACAUGCACUGCUUGAAGCUGAUGUUAUGGCCCAUCAGGAUCGUAUUGAAGCAAUUAAAGUUGCAGCUAAUAAGUUUAUCGAAUCAGGUCAUUUUGAUGCCGAUAACAUUCGCAAUAAGGAGCAAGGGCUUACAACAAGAUAUGCUGCUCUGGCUGCUCCAAUGGCUGAACGUAAAUCUCGUCUUAUGGAUUCUUUACAAGUCCAACAACUUUUCAGAGAUCUUGAUGAUGAGGCCGCUUGGAUCCGUGAAAAGGAACCCAUUGCUGGAUCAACCAACCGAGGCCGAGAUUUAAUUGGUGUUCAAAAUUUGAUCAAAAAACAUCAAGCCGUGCUCGCUGAAAUCAACAACCACGAAUCCAGACUAGUGAAUGUUGUAAAAUCUGGAGAACAGAUGUUACAAGAUCAUCCUUAUUCCAGCGAUGAUAUCAAGAUUAGAUUGGAUGCACUUAAGGAACAAUGGGAUACAUUGAAAGAGAAAGCAUUGCAACGUAAACAAGAUCUUGAAGACUCACUGCAAGCCCAUCAAUAUUUCGCUGAUGCUAAUGAGGCCGAAUCUUGGAUGCGCGAGAAGGAACCAAUUGUUUGUAGCACUGACUACGGUAAGGAUGAAGAUUCAUCUGAGGCUUUGCUCAAGAAGCACGAGGCUUUGGUGUCUGAUUUGGAAGCUUUCGGCAACACAAUUCAAGGCCUUCAAGAGCAAGCAAAGAAUUGUCGUCAACAAGAGACUCCCGUUGUUGACAUUACGGGCAAGGAAUGUGUAGUUGCACUUUAUGACUACACAGAGAAGUCUCCGCGUGAGGUCUCCAUGAAGAAGGGAGAUGUAUUGACUCUUCUUAAUUCCAACAACAAAGACUGGUGGAAGGUUGAAGUUAAUGAUCGUCAAGGAUUCGUUCCAGCUGCUUAUAUAAAGAAGAUUGAAGCCGGCCUAAGUGCGAGUCAACAAAAUCUCGUUGAUGGUCAUUCGAUCGCCAAGCGCCAAAGCCAAAUCAACUCUCAGUAUGAUAACUUGCUCGCUUUAGCUCGAGAACGCCAGAAUAAGCUCAAUGAGACUGUAAAAGCUUACGUAUUAGUUCGCGAGGCCGCAGAUUUGGCCGCAUGGAUUAAGGACAAAGAAAAUCAUGCUCAAAUUAAGGACGUCGGAGAAGAUCUUGAAGAAGUUGAAAUUAUGCAAAAGAAAUUCGAUGAUUUCAAUGAUGAUUUGAGAGCUAACGAAGUACGCUUGGCAAACAUGAACGAAAUUGCAGUUCAACUAACAUCUCUUGGUCAAACUGAAGCCGCGCUCAAAAUCCAAACUCAGAUGCAAGAUUUGAAUGAAAAAUGGACAUCAUUGCAACAAUUAACUGCUGAACGUGCAAACCAAUUAGGAUCGGCUCAUGAAGUACAGCGUUUCCAUCGUGAUAUUGAUGAAACUAAGGACUGGAUCGCAGAGAAAGAAAAUGCUUUGAAUAACGAAGAUCUAGGCAAGGACUUGAGAAGUGUACAGACUCUUCAACGCAAACAUGAAGGCAUUGAACGCGAUCUGGCUGCAUUGGGUGAUAAGAUCAACCAGCUGAAUGAAACUGCAACUCGUUUGAUGUCUUCUCAUCCCGACACGGCUGAGCAAACUUAUACCAAACAAAAGGAAAUCAACGAAAUGUGGAACCAAGUCUUAACCAAGGCCCAAGCCAGGAAAGUGAAACUUUUGGACUCAUACGAUUUGCAACGGUUCUUCAGUGACUACCGCGAUUUGAUGGCAUGGAUUAGUUCUAUGAUGGGUUUGGUUACUUCUGAUGAAUUAGCCAACGAUGUGACUGGAGCCGAAGCACUCAUUGAACGUCACCAGAAUCAUCGAGCUGAAAUUGAGUUCUUUUUUGGGCCGCCUGAGGAACAUCGUACUGAGAUCGAUGCACGCGCUGGAACAUUUGCAGCAUUCGAACAAUUCGGAAAGGAAUUGCUUCAAGCAAAUCACUAUGCAUCGCCUGAAAUCAAGGAAAAAAUUGAAGGCUUGGCCAAAUCUCGUGAUGAGUUGGAACGAGCUUGGACUGAGCGUCGUUUGCAGUUGGAGCAAAAUCUUGAUUUGCAAUUAUACAUGCGAGAUUGCGAACAGGCUGAAAAUUGGAUGUCUGCUCGGGAAGUAUUCUUGCAUGCUGACGAAGUUGACUCGAAAGGCGAAGGCAAUGUUGAAGCUCUCAUCAAAAAACACGAAGAUUUCGAUAAGGCCAUCAACGGUCACGAGGAAAAAAUUGCAGCUCUACAAGUCUUGGCUGACACUCUAAUCAGUCAGAAUCAUUAUGCUUCAAAUUUAAUUGACGACAAGAGGAAGCAAGUUCUGGAACGCUGGCGUCAUUUGAAAGAAGGUUUGAUUGAAAAACGAUCCCGGUUGGGUGAUGAACAAACUCUACAACAAUUCAGUCGUGAUGCUGAUGAAAUUGAGAAUUGGAUUGCCGAGAAAUUGCAAUUGGCUACAGAAGAGAGUUACAAGGAUCCAGCCAAUAUUCAAUCGAAGCAUCAAAAACAUCAAGCUUUCGAGGCUGAGUUGGCUGCGAAUGCUGAUCGUAUCCAAAGUGUCUUGGCUAUGGGUGGAAAUUUGAUUGAUAAGAAGCAGUGUAGCGGAUCCGAAGACGCCGUUCAGAAGCGUCUAACUCAAAUUGCUGAUCAAUGGGAAUAUUUGACUCAGAAGACAACGGAGAAAUCUUUGAAAUUAAAAGAAGCCAAUAAGCAACGAACUUACAUUGCCGCUGUUAAAGAUCUUGAUUUCUGGUUGGGAGAAGUAGAGAGUUUGCUGACCACCGAAGAUUCAGGAAAGGAUUUGGCUUCAGUUCAAAAUCUAAUGAAAAAGCAUCAACUGGUCGAAGCUGAUAUCCAAGCUCAUGAGGAUCGCAUCAAAGACAUGAAUAACCAAGCCGAUUCACUUGUUGACAGCGGUCAAUUCGACAGUGCUGGAAUUCAAGAGAAGCGUCAAUCGAUUAACGAACGUUAUGAGCGCGUUUGCAAUUUGGCAGCUCAUCGUCAAGCCCGUUUGAAUGAGGCUCUUACCCUCCAUCAAUUCUUCCGUGACAUUGCUGAUGAGGAAAGUUGGAUUAAGGAAAAGAAACUCCUCGUCGGUUCCGACGAUUAUGGCCGAGAUCUGACUGGUGUUCAAAACUUGAAGAAGAAACACAAGCGUUUGGAAGCCGAGCUGGCAUCGCAUGAGCCCGCUAUUCAAGCCGUGCAAGAAGCUGGUGAGAAGCUUAUGGAUGUGUCAAAUUUGGGCGUUCCAGAAAUUGAGCAACGUUUAAAAGCUCUGAAUCAAGCAUGGGCGGAACUGAAGAGUUUGGCUGCUACCCGAGGGCAAAAGUUGGAUGAAUCUUUAAUUUAUCAACAAUUCUUGGCUCAGGUCGAGGAAGAGGAAGCUUGGAUUACUGAGAAACAACAACUUUUGUCGGCCGAAAACUAUGGCGAUUCAAUGGCUGCCGUUCAAGGUCUUCUCAAAAAGCAUGAUGCUUUCGAAACUGAUUUCGCUGCUCAUCGUGACCGUUGUUCGUUGAUUUGCGAGCAAGGUGCAAAUUUGGUUGAUGCAAAGAAUCAUCAUGCUGAUUCUAUUGGUCAGCGUUGCAAUCAACUUCGCACAAAAUUGGAGAAUUUGAAUUCAUUGGCUGCACGUCGUAAGGGUGCACUGCUUGACAACUCAGCUUAUUUGCAAUUCAUGUGGAAGGCUGAUGUGGUUGAAAGCUGGAUUGCAGAUAAAGAAGGGUAUGUCAGAUCUGAAGAGUUUGGCCGUGAUCUGUCUACGGUUCAGACAUUGUUGACUAAGCAGGAGACCUUUGAUGCUGGUCUUAAUGCUUUCGAGAAGGAAGGAAUCCAUAAUAUUACAACUUUGAAAGAUCAACUUAUCAACGCUAAUCACGCCCAAUCUCCAGCCAUUUUGAAACGUCACGAAGAUGUACUUUCUCGCUGGCAGAAACUCCGUGCCGCAUCUGAAGCGCGCAAAGCUCGCCUUCUUGACAUGCAAGAUCAAUUCAAACAAAUCGAAGAAUUGUACUUGACAUUCGCAAAGAAAGCUUCUGCUUUCAAUUCUUGGUUCGAGAACGCCGAAGAAGACUUGACCGAUCCCGUCCGCUGUAAUUCAAUCGAAGAAAUCCGGGCUUUACGUGAAGCACACGCACAAUUCCAAGCGUCAUUAUCUUCAGCUGAAGCUGACUUCAAAUCUCUGGCAGCACUUGAUCAAAAGAUUAAGAGCUUCAACGUAGGACCGAACCCCUACACUUGGUUCACCAUGGAAGCUCUCGAAGAGACUUGGAGAAAUCUACAAAAGAUUAUCGAGGAACGUGAUGGUGAAUUGGCUAAAGAGGCUCAGCGACAGGAGGAGAAUGACAAACUGCGCAAAGAAUUCGCCAAGCAUGCUAAUUUGUUCCACCAAUGGUUGACAGAGACGAGAUUCUAUAUUCUUGGUUGGGAUAAGACUGGAACAUCCAUGAUGGAGGGCUCCGGUUCAUUGGAACAACAAUUGGAAGCGUUGCGUGCUAAGGCCACCGAAGUCCGUGCUCGCCGCGUUGAUCUUAAGAAAAUUGAGGAGUUGGGAGCUCUUCUCGAAGAGCACCUAAUUCUUGAUAAUCGUUACACUGAACACUCGACUGUCGGACUAGCGCAACAAUGGGACCAACUUGAUCAACUCUCCAUGCGAAUGCAGCAUAAUUUGGAACAACAGAUUCAAGCACGCAAUCAUUCCGGUGUCUCAGAGGAUUCUCUCAAGGAAUUCUCCAUGAUGUUUAAACAUUUCGACAAGGAUAAGAGUGGUAAACUCAAUCAUCAAGAAUUUAAGUCUUGCCUACGAGCUCUUGGCUAUGAUUUGCCGAUGGUAGAAGAAGGUCAACCGGAUCCAGAAUUUGAAGCUAUAUUAGAUGUAGUUGAUCCAAAUCGUGACGGUUACGUGUCCCUUCAAGAAUAUAUUGCGUUUAUGAUUUCUAAGGAAACCGAAAACGUUCAAAGCUAUGAAGAAAUUGAGAAUGCCUUCCGAGCUAUUACAGCGUCCGAUAGACCAUACGUAACAAAGGAGGAACUCUACAUGAACCUUACCAAGGAUAUGGCAGACUACUGCGUGCAACGCAUGAAACCUUACCACGAUCCGAAAACGACCCACCCUGUCACUGGUGCCCUGGAUUAUAUCGAUUUCACACGAACUCUUUUCCAGAAUUAAUGAAGAGCAGUCAAUUCGAGGCAGCUUAUUUCCAAGAAUAUGUUUAGAGAAAAAUUUAAUCAACGUUAAAAAGUAAUAUUUUAUUUAUCGUAAACGUAUGAAAAAGUUUUAUCGCAUUUAAUGAAUUUUGCUAGAUAUAUGAACAUUAUUUUUACACGUAUUUAAAAGGAUAUUUCAUUUAUUUUAUUUUUUCUUUCGAAAUCUAAGAAAAACGUGAAAAAUACUACUUGUAAGACCAGAUAUACGCGAUCUUAUUAAUGUUCUUGCUUUUGACGAAUCGCUUUUUACGGUGGUUUAUAUAUGUAGAACGGAAAAGGAAAGUAUACACUAGUUUCAUAAGUAGUCGUUCUAAAUGUCACCCUGUCACGUAAUAUUUACAUGCUUAUGCUAAAGGAAGAAAUAAAGAUUACUUGAAGCAUUUAAAAUAA